AGUACCCCCUGUGUGCAAACGUGCCUAGACAGUCAAAUAAAAUAAAUAUUUUAAUUUCCGAUAACACAAGUCCUUAAUGUCGAAAUUCACUUGCUUAUCGUGUUCCGUUCUUUUUAAAGAUGGAGAUACGCAAAGAGCGCACUUCACAAGUGACUGGCAUCGUUACAAUCUUAAAAGAAAAGUUUCUGAAUUGCCACCUGUAACAGCAGAGGAAUUCCAAAGUCGUGUUCUUCAAGCAAGAAGUGCUGAGGAAGAAUCCCUUCAAGAUCAGUCGCUGUUUUGUAAAGCAUGCAAAAAGGUAUGCCGUGAUUUCAUUUGUCUGUGGUGCAAUGAAAAAGGUCGAACAUUUUACUCGAUACAAGCAGUAAGACAACACAUGAUCGAAAAAGGCCAUACUAAAAUGUUACACGAAGGAGCAGCACUUGCUGAAUAUGUUGAUUUCUAUGACUACAGUUCAAGCUACCCUGAUCAUGAUGAUUCGAAAGAUUUAGAUGAAGAGGUGCAAGCGCCAGUUCUUGAAGGUGAUGAAUAUCAGUUAGUUCUACCUUCUGGUAACGUUAUUGGACAUCGAUCACUAAUGAGAUAUUACAAGCAAAGAAUUAAUCCGAACCGCGCUGUCGUUCUUAAAAAAUCUGAUAAACGUUUACAUCAUGUGCUUGCUCAAUAUCGUGCAUUAGGUUGGACAGUGACACAACAAGAGCAGGUGUCAAGAAAAGCUAGAGAUAUCCAUAUGAUGAAGCGAGUGCAGGCGAAAUUGUAUAUGCAAGUUGGAUAUAAAGCUAACAAACUUCAACAACAUUUUAGAGCUCAAAUGAAUAAGCAAAUGAAUGGAUUUAAAAAUCUUAAUUUAAAUUUGUUUAAAACUAGGAUUAUUGAUGAGAAACUAUCGAAAAAUUCAAUAACUUCUAUGAACAUUGAAUUGAUGACUGCAGAAAAGCGUUGUUUACACCACGAGAAGACAAUUAACACUUUAAGUAAUUUGUGUAAAGAGCUAAGAGACGAAAAUGUUUUACUUAAGCAGCAAUCUCAGACAAUGAGACAGCCUGAGAGACCAUCAUUGUUUAGAUCUAGUCUUGGAUCAAAUAAUGAAAUGCCAACGCCAUUGGAAAAUAUAUUUCAACAAAUGGAUUCUCCUUUUAAAUUAUCACCAUCUGUAGUGACGCCACUAAGUUCACCAGUAAAACCACUCCCUCCCCCUCAACUACCCCAACCUUCACCUCGAGAAACUCUUCCAGUAGUACCUACAAUGGCACAGAUUAUUGCCCAAGGUAUUGCCAAUUCAGGAUCUGCUGAAAAACCUAAAAGUCCUCGUGCUGAAAAUAAAAUGCAGAGUGAAGAUCAAACAGCUCUUAUGAAUAUUAAAUCGAAGCCAAAUCAAGCAGCAUCGAGUAGUGCAAAUGGCGGUUCGAAAAUGCCAGAAACUUCUCAACCGAAGAGAACUGAAACACAAGAGCAUAUAAGUAAAAUUGUGGUUGUUGACGUACCUCCAAAAUCAAAGGAAAAGAAAGAUACUUCAGAGAAAACUCGCUCGGUCAUGGUUGGAGGUAUAACAACUGAAACAGAAGCAGAGAUAAAAAAGUAUUUCAGCAAAUAUGGAAAGAUUUUAAAUGUAUAUGUACCAACUCUUCAACGAGAGUUAAAAGCGCCGAAUGAGUACAAAUAUCUUUUCCUUAAAUUUGACGAUUACGAAGAUGCUAAGGAAGCUAUUGCUGAGAGUCCACAUGUUGUUAAAACAAAUUUAUUGUUUGCAAAGAAAGGGAAAAAUUUAUCCCACAGCAGAUCACGCUCAUAUGAUAGAGACAGAAGACACCGUUCACGUUCACCAUUGCCAUCGUCAUCAAAAUCUAAAAUGUCUGAACGAGUUCAUGUAUCUGAAGCAGAUUUAGAAGGAAAAUCAGCAGAAGAAAUUGAAAUGAUGAAAACGAUGGGCUUUUGCGGCUUUGAUACGACAAAAGGAAAGAAAGUCGAUGGAAAUAAUGUUGGAGAGGUUCAUGUUAUCCUCAAACGAAAAUAUCGUCAAUAUAUGAAUCGCAAAGGAGGCUUCAAUCGGCCAUUAGAUUUCGUUGCUUAAGAGAUUCAAGAUCAUCAUUAAUUACUUUAUUGAUUUAGUUCGUAAGUUUCAAGAAUUUUCUCAUUGCGGGAACCAAAAAACUAAAAAAUAUCCAAAGUUUCUAUGAUGGUAUAUUUGAAAGUCACCAAAAAAUUUCGAACGUUCACAAACUUACCAAAUUUUCUUACACAAUUUCAUAAAUUCAUUCACAUACAGUACAAUAGUCUUUUUCAUUAAACGGGUCACUAAGUAAUUACCUUUCUCGCUUUUCUAUAUUUGUUCGUCAUCAGAAAAAUGUUGCUGAACGUAAUAUAGAUUAAAGGCAGAUGUGAUUGCAAAAAAUUAACUUACCACACAAUAUACAAUAGUUUUCCUUCUUCAUAUACACAAACACACACUCACAUCCACACAAAUGCAAUAGUCAGGGAUUUACUGGAUUUUCUUUGGGUUUUCAUUUGACUGAAAUAUUUUAAAAAAACCAACUCAAAAUCAACAACUUGCCUUAAAUGUUUAAUAAGAAAAAUGUUCAGUGAAACUACAAAGAAAUCCAGUAAUGAUGAAAAUAUUUCGUUUAUUAUCUGUUGAUAAAUUUAUAACAUUUUUACCAUAUACACAACAAUAGUUCUAAAAAAUUUAAUGCUCUAAUAUACCUCACAUGACCAUGAAAUAUUUAAACUUUGGAUAAUGAAAAUAUCUUCAGUGAUUCACUGUUAAGAGAAAAAUAUAAUUUAAUCUUCAACCAUAAUUUUUAAAUUUAAUCCAAAAGAUUUUUUGUCAGCGUUCAUUUAGAUAACUAUUUGGAAAGAGAAAUGAAAAUGUAAAAAAAAACUGUAAAUGAAAAACUGCUUUGGAAAAAAUACAAAUUUGUUUUGAUAACUUAUUUACGCAUCUUAUUUAAUUAGCGUAUUGAAGCUCCAUGUCCUGACACA